ACAGAAGGCAUUGUCUAAGUUACAGUCCAGACAGACCAAUUGGUUAGUUUUAAGACAUGGCGGGUAAGUUCGUUAAGAAAGUUGGUUAAGCCUUAUACCAAUUUCAGGCCUUAAAAUUUCCCUCUCAAAUCCCCCUCUCCAAGUUCUCUUCCCACAUUAUCGGUCAUCUCUGUCUGUUCGUUUUCUGUCCGGUUUUUCAUCUUUUUGGGGGGUUUUCAAAGUUGUUUUGUUUCUUGGUUUUUCGGUUUCUCUGUUUCUCAAUCUCUUGAUCCACAUACGAAAUCCAAGACGUUGAUGGAUUGGAAGGUUUCUUUGAGAUUAUUUUGAAGGUUGUUGAUUUUUAUAAUCAACUCCUGGGUUUUACGAUGGUAUGGAACUAGACAUCACUUGAUUUCUCUGAUACUGAUACACCAAAUAAGCAUCAUCAAGCAGUUCAUUCUAGCGAAAGUAAAAGAUCCCCUCCUCACUCGUCUUCCCCAUCCGCUAUGUCUGGUCAAGUAGUUGUUGAAGAACUGAGUUCAACCAGACAAUCCACUGAUGGUUCAAUCACGCCUGUUUCGCCAUCACUGGCGAAUGAACAACCACAAGAUGAAAACUGCCUAUUGGUAGAUUCAGACAGGAUUCCAUCCCAUGUGUUUGCUGCGACAAGCACAACCAGCCCAGCUGAAUGGAGUACGGCUUCAAACGAAUCAUUGUUCAGCAUUCACCCGAUGAACGCGAGUUUCACCAAGGACCAGUUCAAUUGGAUGUCUAAAUCUGGUGAUUUUGGUUUCAACUGUGAUUCCUUAAACAUUUCGAGUCCAUUGAUGGAGCUUCCAAGAAACAUGCUAUCCCCUGAAAUCACCACGAGAAAUGGGAGUUUCAACAAGGGCGAAGGCGAGUUUGGUGCUUCUGCAUCAGCGGCUGAAGCCAUGAGGGAGGUUCUGCAGGAGAAAGAAUGUCAGCAAAAGGAUAAUGUUGCUACGGGAUUAUCACCUCAUUCCCGUAGUUUAUCUACGCAUUCCGAUGCUAGUGUCAGAUCUUUUGCCUUCCCUAUAUUGACAGGAGAUGCAGACAAAAGUGGUUCAUUGACAAAAGGCACAAAGACCAAAAAACAACAAUCACAACAUUCCACAAACCAUAAGGAAACGCCAGACAACCCCCCGGAAACCCCUAAACUAGAGCCCUCUCAGGACAUCCUUAAAUCACAGACCCAAAAACCAAACCGAAAUACAGGUUUUAAGAGAUGGUGCACUUGCUUCUCUUGCUGCCCAUCUUGUUCUUGAGAUUUUACUCCACUGUAAUAUGCGUGUGUGGUUUUGAAAGCAACCACAAGGAUCCUGUUGAAGUCUCCGGCUACUUUUCACUUGCUUCCCAUCCUGUUGUGUGCAACAUGCUUCAAAAGGUACAGGCACACACACACAUGUAUAUUAUAAAUGUAUAUAUGUGCGGUUUUGAAAGCACCCACAAGGAUCCUGUUGAAGUUUGGGGCUACUCUUCACUUGCUUCGUUUAUAUUUGAAGUUUUUCUGGCCUCUGCUGGUUACUCUAUAACUUAUUGCAAUGCUCCAUUUUAAGAAAACAUGUUAAUGGAAGCUAAUGUCAAUACUAUACAUUGAAGUAUCUUAUUAGGAAGUCUUUGUGCUAUAGUUUAAAGUGUAAUUGAAUUUUUUUUUUUAAUAAAAUCGAGAAAUUUAAUCCUUGUUCCA